CAUCUGGCAACCCAAUCUCUGUACACUUCACUCGACGUAAACAUGUUUCUAAUCGAACCUUAGCUAGCUAUAAACAUGACCCAUAAUUGCAUUUGGAGAGGUUAAGUAGUGCUGACUCGCUAUUUUUUAUUUUUUUUUGUAUGUUUAAGCUGUCGAGGAAGCACUUUUACAAACGUUACAUUUACCUCAAAACAAACGUCACACCGGUUGACUCGUUAUUACAGGGAGAAACGGGUGAAUUUGUCUUUGUUCUCACUUCCUUUAGGCGGUUAUUUCUAUUAAACGUUAUUAUUUUCACUUUUUUCAUUUCGUUUAGUUUUAUAUGAUCACUUGUGUCGUAUCGAUAACUAAGCUCCAACAAGAACCGAUUGGUAAAAGAAUCGGUUCUUUUUGAACUAUCCGUUUUAUGGGAUUUAAGAGAUUCGAUUCUGAAUCAAUAACAGACCAGCCUGGGUUAAUCGUUGAAGAAGGAUGAAGUCACAUGUCAUCAUCCUGUGUCUUGGAUUUGCCUUCAUGAUAUCAGUCCAUAGCACUCCUAGGAAAGAAUGGACCAAACUCAUCCUGACUCACCACUGGCCAAAAACAUUUUGCAUCAUGGAAAAAUGCACUGCCAAUUUUAGUUACUGGACCCUGCAUGGAUUAUGGCCUAACACCGGCGCCGACUGUAACGCAUCCUGGCAUUUUAAUGCAAGCUUGAUUGAGGACCUGCUACCAGAAAUGAAGACGUACUGGCCAGAUCUUCUUAAACCUCAAUCUACAAUAUUCUGGAAGCAUGAAUGGACAAAGCAUGGGACAUGUGCGGCACAAGAAGAAGCCAUGGACUCUGAGCACAAAUACUUUAGCAAAGCCCUGGAACUUUACCACAAGCUUGACCUUAAUGGUGUUUUAAAGAAGAGCAGUAUUGUUCCCUCUGAAAACUACUACAAGUUAUCAGAUGUGAACGGAAGCAUCAUCAGUGCAUUUGGAGCACACCCAAAAAUUCAGUGUGUUUCCCACGAAAAGGAAAGCGAGUUCCAGAUCCUGGGCCAGAUAGAGAUCUGUUUGGACAAGCAGUUUCAGCUUGUCGACUGUGAAAAUAGCAAGGAGGAGCUUCAGAGCAGAGACGAAGGCGAGAUCAUCUUUAACACCAACCCAGGAUUCAUUGUGUGCGACAACUCCAUGCCGGUCUACUAUCCUCCUCUCGGAGGCACGCUGCUGACGCCAAGCUUUCUUUAAGCUGUCGGGGUUUGCAAAAGUCGAUGUGGUGCAAUCAGAUACGCUGUAAUCUUUAUUCCUGUUUGUGCUUGUUGAAUUUGAUCUUUUUGAAAGAACAGGUUGUACUUGACAUCCUUUUUUUUAAAUGUUUUCAAGACCGACCUCACGAUAUACUUGUGACCACUUGUGUCCUCCAGACACAGCCUAUAGACCCAAUUCCUGUGCAUUCACCUUUAGGCCACUGGAGGGCACCACCUACACUGUCCAUAACUCAAACAAGCAGAAACGGGAUUAUGAUUCUAUGUAAUCAUUAUGUAAAAAUUUGAUAUGUACUCAUUUCACUGAGGUACUAUGAAGAUGUGGGUCAUACAAAUUUUUUUUCUUUACAGAUUAAGGACUGAAUAUGUGAAUGAUUUAUAGCUUCAUCGUUAUAUCCGAUGUUAACAACGACAAACCCUUUAAAAACCGGUCCAUUAAACGCAUAUGAAGUGGCUCAUUUUAUACAAGAACACAGUCUUUAAGGGAACAUUAACAUAUCAGCUACAGCGAUUCCCUUUAUCUGGUAAAGCUGUUGAGCCUUACAGGCAGUCAUUAAGCUCAGAAGGUAAAACCCUUAACCCACUGAAGUUUAAUAUGAUCCAACUGCCUUAUUGUAGAUAAUUGAUUAGAAUCUUAUAUUUGUUUUUUUGGAUGUUUAUGAGCUCAGUUUUAUCCAGGGUAGUGGACUUUGCUUCAAAUGGAAAAAAAAAAGAUAAACGUGUCGAGUGAGUUAUUAUUUCUGUUUAUGAGGUCGUGUUAUUACGUUAUUUUGGUGUGAAGAGGGUUGUUUAACAGCCGUGCUGAGCAGAGAAACGGAAUAUCAGGGCAGAAGGGGAACAAAAACAGGACUUGUAAGUGGGGAGAAAAAAAAGAUUCCUUUCUUUGAAAUAAGUAAUAAAUCAUCCUGCUCAAAGUGUCCGAUAGAUCACUGUUCACAUGGCAGCACUCUAAUCUUAAGGAAAAUAAAACGGGUUCUGGA